AUGUCUGCUUCUUCAUUCCAGAAUCAUCGAGUGAGGUUAUUGGUGCGAAGCCAUGCCAUGAGAGAAGCAACUUCUCCCCCUCCAGAUGCUAGUUUGACUCUUGACUCUGGAAAUGGGUCAUGGUCAAGCAGCACCAUCUGUAAUGUUAGCACCAGUAGUAACAUCAGUCUUGGAACAUCUGGGGGGGGUCAAGGGAAAGCUGGGAUGAGAAGGCUUCAGCUUCGUAAUCAAGGAAGCUCUGGAAAUAGUGCAGAUGGCUCAUCUUCAUCUCUUUCUCGAGAUUCGAGUACUGAACAAUACACUGAUAACACAGGAAUCGACUUGGAACAGUUCAUCGUUGACACACUACAUCGAAACCAAAAGGACAGAGUAUGCCUGUUGAAGAUUGAGCAGGAGCUCAUCAGCCUGGUGAAAGAUAGCAGGCGCACACACCUCAAGUUCCCAUCAAUGUCUUCGUAUCAACGAAUGCUAGUCCAUAGAGUUGCAGCAUACUUUGGUCUGGAUCAUAAUGUUGAUCAAAGUGGAACAUGUGUCAUCGUCAACAAAGCCAGAAACACUAGACUACCAGACAUGCAGUUCCAGGAUCAAAUCCAUGAUGACUUUAUACCUGAAGAACCAAGAAGAUCCAUCCUCAAACGAGACUCAUCCUCAUUUGAAGAUUACUGCUUCAGAUCAUUGGAGAGGCAAGGAAGCAUGGAUUCGAAGAGGAGUAAAAGCUUCGAGGAGAGAGAAGAGGAGUAUAAAAAGGCCAAACAUCGCAUCUUCAAUCAAGAUUCUUCAUCAUCAGCUGAACUCCUGGAUUCACCAAUGCAUUCUGGUGACAUUACACUGGAGAGUUCACAAAAAAGUAGCCAAGAGGAUCUCCGAUGGUGCUGGGGAUCUUCAACUGAAUCUGCUGAUGCUUUCCAUCUCCUAAUUCAUAGGAAAGACCGGGAUCGCUCAUCCAGGUCAAAUGCUUUGGGGAAAGUGCAAUCUUUUGAGAGUGGAGAGGUGUCUGCCCUCCGUCCAGUGAUAUCCAAGUCCAACAGUUUUGGAGGUUACCCACAUCCAGGUCAAGGGAAUGGGAAAGGGAAUCUUCUUCGUGGAGAUUCCAUCACAUCCACACACAGUGCUGGGCCUCGACUUCUCACCAAACAAGAUUCCAUGUAUGGUGGGAUAGUAGGUGGAGGUGGAGGAGGAGGUGUCAGUCCAGCCAGCUCAGGUUACAAGAGCAUGGGAUUAUCAGUAGAAGAGGGCCCAUCACCCAUCAAUCCUUCCUCCCCUCAUCAGAAUACCUUCUCUAUCUCUAUUUCUCAUAAUCCUUCUAGUCAAGGUGCUAGUCCCCAAGAAGGAGGAGUUGGAAGAAGAGGAGUAGAAGAUCAAGAGAAGGGGGAUGAAGGGAAGGCAGAGGACUGCAAUGGAGGGAAUGGUCUUCUUGGACCAGCUCCAUCCAUUGUCCUUCCAUCCAACCAGCCAGUGCUUUGGGCUGUGACGAGCAUAGAUUCUGUUCCCCCUGGUUCCAUUCUUAUCAAUCCCCAGACUGGUCAGCCACUUAUCAAUCCAGAUGGGAGUUUCUAUCGUUUUGACCCAGGGAACCCUCCCCAAUAUGCAUCAUCCAGUUCUGCUGGCAUUAGUAACCUGGGAAUAUUUGGAACAGCAGAAGGGGAAUCCAGGAGUUCUGUCUAUGGGAUCCCAUUUGGACAACAACCACAACAGCCCCAAGGGGCUCUUGUCCACAUGAACCUGAAUGCUCAUGGAAUGGGGAUACCUAUACCUUAUCAACCUCCUCCACCUACUCAGAUAAUCAUCCCUACUAGUCAACAGCUGCCCUCUUUCAUGAUUGCUCCCAAUGGCAUGCAGGUUGCAGGCAGUGGUGGGAAUUCAAGCCAGCAGCAAGUACCUGUGUUAUACUCCCAUUAUGUGACCACACCAACAUCCUUCCAAGUACCAGGAAAUGGUGGAGGAGGAGAACUAGUAUCUCAAUUCAAUGCUCUUAGCCUUAUGGGAAAAGGGGGAGAUGGAGGAGGAGGGAAUGAAGCACAAGCUCAUAUCAAAUUCCAAAUUCCACUUCCCACAACUCCUGCCUUUAAUCCACAAAGUCCAGGCUCUGUAUACAUGAUGGGAGGAGGAAAACAGCAGCAACAGCAAAUCCUCUCUCGAGUUGGUAGUAGUGGUGGUUGUGGAGGAGGAGGGGGGCUGUAUGCCUUCCCCUCCCAUUCUACUGAGCCUCAGGCAAACUUUCGAAUGGCUGCAGCUGUGCAAUAUGUGGGAAACCCAUACCAAAUGAUGCAUUACCCAACAAACUCUGAGAGUUACUCAGGAGCUGUGCUACCUCAAGCAUCGUCAAAUCGUGCAAUGGCUUCAACACAUGCCACCCUCUCAGCAUGUACCAUCCCAAGCAUUUCACCUGGGCUUUCAUCAAAUGUGAUAACAAAUGGGAUGGGAUCCACAAGUUAUGCACCAUUUCCUGGAGGAGCAGGGGGUUAUGCCUUGGGGGGAGGAAAUUUCAGUGGACAGUCUGGGAGUUCGCUUACUACUCCUCCUCAAACACCCAAUGGGUUUCAAUCCCAGCCACAAGUGGCAGGAUAUUCUUUGGAGCAAGGGAGUGGAUCCCACCUCUUGUCAACUUCAUCCUCAGCCCCCACAGUAGAAGGAGGAGGAAGACAUGGAGGGAUCUCUAUUCCAAUCCCCGUUCAUGUCCCCCUGGAUCUUCCCCUUGCAUCUCUCUCACCAACCCCAAGCCUCUUUCCUCUCAGCUGGAUCAAUGGAGGAGGGUUGAAGCAUCUUGGUGGCAGUAAUGGAGGAUCCUCCCAUCCCUGCUUCUUCCGUCAUCACACAAUCCCAACUCCCAGGUGGCCACCCACAGGUAGGGGUGCUGGGAAUCCCAAGUCCCAAUCUGGAAAUAGGCGUUCAUUCUCUCAUCACCAGCGUUUCUCUCGUCCUUCAUCCACCAAGUCCCCCUCUGCCAACCCCUCCUCUUCCACUUCCACAUCUUCAUCCACUGUCUCCACCUCCACUACAACUCCAUCAGCUACUUUAGAGGAGACGGGGCAUGCCUCCUCAGAAGUAGUUGCUGUCCCAUGUGUCAAUGAAGGGACCCGGGUGCUUGUGGUUGAAGGCAUACACAAUGGGUUGACACAUUCGCAAGUGGACAAGGUUUUGAAGCCUGAAUUGAACCAAGGAGAUGGUUGUGCAAAGGUGGAAUACAUGCCAGUGGAUCAAAUGGAUGGAAUGGAGAAGAUGGAAAAAUGGUGACACAGACAGAAAGAUUUCACAUCUAAAUCUCCUCCCAUGAAAUUCUCACUUUCCAAAGCCUUCUCUAUGAGGAUGGGGACAUUUCGACUCCAAUCCAAGUGAUUCACUAUCCCAAUCCUACAAAAGAAAACCUUAUCAGUGAUUAUUAUUAUUAUGAUUAUUAUUAUUAUUGUGGGAGAUGCAGACUGCCUGGUUCAGUUGAAUGCUUGUGCUGUUGUGUGAAUGACUGAGAAAUGAGAAAACAAGAGAGAGGGAGAGGGAGAGAGAGAAAAAAAAAAUUUAAGAGGACAAGAUUUAUUUUAGCUGAAUUGUUUCUGCUUCGUAUGAGGAUCUCUGUCCCUUUCCCAUGUUCCUUGGAAAGGGAAAGGGGUCCUGGGGUUCAAACUCCCUUUUCUCUGUCUCUUGGUCUCUGGGCAUGGAUUCCAGUUAGACAGCCAGAUACUGUAAUAAAAUUGCAAGGGAGGAACAGUUCCACAUUCUUGAUUUCUACAAGAUGGAAGAGCAGGCUGA